AUCACAUAGAUUCGCUAACUCUAAAUAAUCUGCCUUAAGGCUAUAGUUUCUAUUUUUCCCCAUUUAAUAAUACCUUUAUUUAGCUCAUGUUCGCAAGGUUCUGCUUGAACAUCAGGAGAAAGCUCUUUUACUUGAUAAAUGCGCUAAGGCACCACCGAUUGGCUCACAAUUCUUUACCUUGGGCAGCACUUGUUCGCCAUCACCCAUGCAUCCUUCAAUGACAUUACGAUCCGGAAAAAGCGUCUACAGCGGGUACUCAACAAAUAGAAAUGCAGGUAUGGCUAUUAUGAUGAAAAUAUUUAUUAUCAAAGCUCUUAAUAUGGGACUUAAUCCACGUUGA